ACUGACGUUCCACCUGAGGAGGAGCACGUCUCGGUGAGAUCAGCUGAUCGCCUCAUCCCCUCAGACUGCUGCUAGCCGAACAGCUGGCAGCGAUGGUUCCGCUUGUCUGUUUGUCAUUAUGUAAUAAGCUGCUGGCCUCGCUGAGAAACUGAGCGCGUCGGGGGCCACGGGGCGGAGCGGAAGCGUGAGCUGCAGAUAAAUGAUGUCGUAUCUCUGAGGAUGGGAGGAAGCGGAUCCAAAGCCAAAGGUGCCUGGCCUUUCUCAGGCAGCGGAGGGGAUUCAGGGGCCGAUGGAAGUGAGCAGUCUCUGGCCCGUCUGAAGGGCCCCAGGAACGCAGCGCCGUUCGUCUUCACAAGGAGGAGCUCCUUGUACUACGACGAGGACGGGGACCUGGCCCACGAGUUCUACGAGGAGACGGUGGUGACCAAAAAUGGCAGGAAAAGAUCCAAGUUGAAACGGAUCCAGAAGAACCUGAUUCCGCAGGGAAUCGUGAAGCUCGAUCACCCAUGCAUUCACGUGGAUUUCCCCGUCGUCCUCUGUGAGGGGUGAGGACCUUCUCGGCUCGGAUCUCCUCUACACAUCACGCCGUGGAUUCUUGUUCCAGUCAGACGGGACCGUGGUCAAGACUGGAAAACCGGUUCUGCUCAUGGGGGGGGGGAACAUGGAACGCUCAGCCCACCUGCUUAAAACGCUACGCGUGAACUGUGGCUACGGAGAGCGCCGUUCUCUGCUCUCCUCACCUUGACUUUGCAGAAGUAGUGAUUGAAAUGGUUUAUUUCACAGAACAAGUCGUCUGACAUGUAAGCCGUGUUGCAGAAGUGUCGGCAGCGUAUUUCCCCCCCGUGAGGUUUUGUUUAUCUUCUUUUUUUCUUUUUUUUUUUUGCAGGGAGAAACCUUAAUGAUGUGAAAAAGGCAGUAAUGGUUUCUGCCUGCUGUGAAACAGUAAACUGUGUGUGUGUUAACGUGUACGGUUCUUGUUCCUUGUUGGUUAGAUCAGGAAGAGGGACGACUACGACGGAGUAAAGGGUAGCAAUAAAAGGUGGACUUUUUUUUUCAUUUCUUAUGCAUAUUACGCUCGCGUUCUGUAUCGUCGCGUCUGAGUGUGUCUUAGUUUCUAGAGCUCAGACCUGCACUAGUGAACAUCAUGCACUGUAAAUACUUUCUUAGUUGGAAAUACUUGAAUAAAUGGUUUAUUGAAGUGA